CGCCUCCUGCACGCUCUUCUGCCGGUACACGAUGAGGCUUUCUGCGCUGCGCCGUCUGCCGUGGAGACCGGCGGCGCCAUCACCCAGGCGGGCUGAACAGAAGAGGAGCUGCUGUUGGAGCGCUCGGGAGAGGCCGCUGCGCCCGGCUCCGACCGGCUGUGCCGCCACCGCCGUGCUCCUGCCCCGCCGCGGAAUAUGCGGCACGUGGAGCCCCUUGGACGAGCAACGCGCCGCCGUCAGCAAAACUCUUGACUCUGCAGCCAGAGAAAUCAUUGAGAGCUCGAGAAAAGCCCUGGACUUACUGCAGAUAAAGCAUCCUACACUUAAGCCAACACUUUCUAUUGUACAGGUUAAUGAUGAUGAUUUGGGGCAAGAAGUUAUCAGAAACAUUGCUGAAGAGAUUGGCUUGAAUGUUGUUUGUAUCUGCCUCCCUUCCAACUGCACAGAAAAUGAGGUAAUAGAUGAAAUAAUAAAGCUCAAUGAAAAUCCCAAAAUCCAUGGCCUUCUCCUUCACCUCCAUAAAGAGUUAUACACAAGCAAAGUCUUGAAUGCUGUUAAACCGGAGAAAGACGUGAACGGAGUAACAGAUUUUAACUUGGUGAGAUUAGUGCAUGGAGAUAUGCAUGAAUGUGUGGUUCCCCCAACCGCUGGUGCUGUGAUCAAGCUUCUGGAAAAACUAGCAUGUACUACCCUAGAUGGGAAGAAAGUGUUCCUUUUGGGAGUUCAAGGAUCUUUGGAAGUCUCUUUGCAGUGCCUGCUUCAAAGAAAUGGUGUGAUGACUAUGAACUGCCCAUGGAAAAUGAAGCAUCUUCAGGCCAUGCUUCAUGAUGCUGAUAUGGUGGUAGUGGGCAGUACCAAACCUGAAGAUAUUCCAGUUACUUGGAUGAAACCUGAAAUGGUGAUUGUGGAUUGUUCACAUGAUAUUUUAUGGGGGCAGAAUGGCUCAAGGGAACACCCUGUGAAAAGCAACCAACAUAAGCUGGGUGAAACUAUAGGUCAGCUCCCUUUGGCAAUCUGCAUGCAGAACUUGGUGAAGAUCAGUGAGCGAUGGAUACAAGCCCAAGAGUAUAAGAGCUGGAAUCUUCGUUGCUUAAAGCUACAGCCACUCUCACCUGUGCCCAGCGAUAUUGAGAUUUCCCGAGGGCAGAGCCCAAAAGCUGUUGAUGUGCUUGCCAGAGAAAUAGGAUUGCUCACUGAUGAAAUUGAAAUCUAUGGCCAAAGCAAAGCCAAAGUACGUCUGUCACUGCUGGAAAGGUUGAAGGAUCAGCCAAAUGGAAAAUACGUGUUGGUCGCUGGGAUUACACCAACACCUCUUGGGGAAGGGAAGAGCACAGUGACCAUUGGUUUGGUUCAAGCUCUCACAGCCCACCUUAAAGUGAAUUCCUUUGCUUGCCUGAGACAGCCUUCUCAAGGGCCUACCUUUGGUGUUAAAGGUGGAGCAGCAGGCGGUGGAUAUGCUCAAGUCAUACCAAUGGAAGAGUUCAACCUUCACUUAACUGGAGACAUUCAUGCCAUUACUGCAGCGAAUAAUUUGCUGGCCGCAGCAAUAGAUGCUAGGAUUUUGCAUGAAAACACUCAGUCGGAUAAAGCAUUAUAUAAUAGAUUGGUUCCAUUAGUUCAUGGAGAGAGGAAAUUUUCAGCUAUACAGCUUUCACGCUUGAAAAGGCUGGGGAUAACCAAAGAGGAUCCUGACGCAUUAACGGCAGAUGAAAUUAACAGAUUUGUGCGACUUGACAUAGAUCCAUCUACAAUAACAUGGCAGAGAGUGGUAGACACAAAUGAUAGAUUCCUUAGGAAAAUUACAAUUGGGCAAGCAAAUACAGAGAAGGGAUUUUCUCGCCAGACUCAGUUUGACAUAGCUGUUGCAAGUGAAAUCAUGGCAAUCUUAGCACUGACCAGCGGCCUGUCUGAUAUGAAGGAGAGACUGGGUAAAAUCGUAGUCGCAAACAGCAGAACAGGGCAACCAGUGACAGCAGAAGAUUUGGGAACAACUGGUGCUCUGGCAGUUUUGAUGAAGGAUGCCAUUAAACCGACAUUAAUGCAAACAUUAGAGGGUACACCAGUGUUUGUGCAUGCUGGCCCAUUUGCAAAUAUCGCCCAUGGCAAUUCUUCUGUUUUGGCAGACAAAAUUGCCCUGAAACUGGUUGGCAAAGAAGGAUUUGUAGUAACUGAAGCUGGUUUCGGUGCUGAUAUUGGGAUGGAGAAAUUCUUCAACAUCAAAUGCCGAGCAUCUGGCUUGGUUCCCAGUGUGGUUGUGCUCGUUGCUACAGUGAGGGCUUUGAAGAUGCAUGGAGGUGGGCCAAAUGUAACAGCUGGUGCUCCUCUUAAGAAAGAAUAUACAGAAGAGAAUCUCAAGCUGGUAUCUGAUGGCUGCAGUAACCUAAAGAAACAAAUUGAAAUUGCAGGGCUGUUUGGUGUACCUGUUGUAGUUGCUCUCAAUGUUUUCAGAACGGACUCUCCUGCUGAGAUUGAUUUGGUUUGCGAAAUGGCCAAACAAUCUGAAGCUUUUGAUGCGGUGCCUUGCAAUCACUGGUCAGAUGGGGGCAGAGGAGCUGUGGAAUUGGCUCAGGCCGUAAGAAGGGCCUCUAAUCAACCCUGUAACUUCAGAUAUCUGUAUGACCUGGAGCUUCCCAUUACUGAAAAAAUAAGAAUCAUAGCACAGAAAAUCUAUGGCGCUCAGGAUAUAGAGCUGUCUUCUGCAGCACAGUCUCAAAUCAAUCGCUACAGUCAACAGGGAUUUGGAAAUUUACCAAUUUGUAUGGCGAAAACUCACCUGUCACUGUCCCACAUGCCUGAAUGGAAAGGUGUCCCCACUGGCUUCGUCCUGCCCAUCAGUGAUGUGAGGGCCAGUAUUGGAGCUGGCUUUAUAUAUCCGCUAGUGGGAACGAUGAGCACUAUGCCAGGAUUACCUACAAGACCUUGCUUCUAUGAUAUCGACCUGGACCCUGAAACAGAACAAGUCAAAGGGCUGUUUUGAAUACAAGGACAAGAAAAGGAACAUUUGACUUCUGAAUAGACAAACUGCAGCUUCUUCAUUUCUUGCAAUAGGACACAAGCAUCAUUUGAAGAAUGCCUCCAACAUAUCUCUGGAAGAAUUUUGGAAUGGACAAAAGCAGAAAAAUAUGCUCAUCACUGAAGCCUUUCUGUAAUGAAAACAGAAGAAAGAACAAAGAACAAAACUUACUAUUAACAGAUUUUAUUCUGAAGUGCAAAGGACUCAUUUGUAAAGCAUGCAAUUCUUUAGAAGAUAUGAGGAGAGGGAAUUUUUAUGAAAAAGAAAGAAGAUAGAAAACAUUAAGAGUAUAAACUAUGCUCUAUCUGAGAUGGGAAACAAAACUGUUAAUUUCAGUUGUUUUAGCUUCAAAAAUCAACAUUGAAAGAGUAGUACUGCUUAAUACAGUGCAUUUUAUAGGUUCAGUGCAGCUUCUUGCAUUUAGCAGCUGAAGCAUCAGAUAAAAUUAGCCAGAAAAGCUUGCACAAUUGGACAGUUUUCUCCUGAGCACUGUUGAGGAGCAAGGCUAGGUAAAACAAAGCUUCAAAUGUGGGAUUCCAUUUCUACCUCACUUGGCCAGUGAAGUAGAAAAUUCAGCUUUUCCUUAUGAUCUCCCUAGUGCCACCAUCCCCUCUCCUUCCCUCAUUGUUGGUGCUGUCUACUCUAUGCCAAAGCAGAAAUUAUGCACAGGAAUGUGCUGAACACAUUCACAAAUAGUUUUUGAUCUUGAAAGGCAAAAGCAGAUCCUUUAAAAAUGAACAUAUAAUAGUUGUAUGGUCUUUCACAAGUGCACACAUUUGCUUGUAUACUUAUGUAUCCAAAAAUCUAAAUUGCCAGAUAUUUUCCAGCAAAUCUCAGAACAACAUAGUAAUUUUCUCUAUAAGCAAGACCAGUUCAGUCUACAAGAGACAUUUGCACAGAAUUCCAUUUUUCCCCUCUCGUUGUGCUUGAGCAAGUGCACAAGUUCGCCUGACUACUUCUAUGACUGUUGGAGUUUUCUUCUUAGAAUUUUCUUGAUCUCAGCCAUGGUACUCAAUAAAAUGCUUGCUUUAC